CGCGAUGCUGUCGGGCCGGCAGACCGUGCGCAGCCGGCAUCGCGGCCGCAGUCCCCGAGCUCCGUUGCAGGUCGCGCGCUCGGCCCGGGCGUCCCCGUCGCUGCGACCCCCGGGGCUUGUCGCGGGGCGGCUGGGCUGUUGACUGCGGGCGGCGCCGCGCUCCGCCACUAUGUCCACCAAGGUCAGGAAGUGCCGGGAGCCCGCGAGGGUGACCUUGCCUGUGCCGGAGGAGGAGGAUGGCGAGGCCGAGGGAGCCGAGCCGCAGCGCCGCUGCCGGGGCUGGAGGGGUGUCAACGGCGGGCUGGAGCCGCCCUGCCAGCGCGCGCCGCCCUCCCCGGGGCCCGACGCGUCCUCCGAGGGCAGCCCAUCGAGGUGGCGCACUGCAGGGAUGCGUGACAAGGGCAGGCGCCAGGCUGUGCGUGGCCCGGCCUUCAUGUUUGGUGCUCGUGGGCCCAGCCUCACAGCUGAGGAGGAGCGCUUCCUGGACGCUGCAGAGUACGGCAACAUCCCGGUCGUGCGCAAGAUGCUGGAGGAGUCACAAACGCUCAAUGUCAACUGUGUGGACUACAUGGGCCAGAACGCGCUGCAGCUGGCUGUAGGCAAUGAGCAUCUGGAGGUGACCGAGUUGCUGCUGAAAAAGGAGAACCUGGCACGUAUCGGAGAUGCGUUGCUGCUAGCCAUCAGCAAGGGCUAUGUGCGCAUCGUGGAGGCCAUCCUCGGCCACCCAGGCUUCGCGGCCAGCCGGCGCCUGACACUUAGCCCCUGCGAGCAGGAACUGCGGGACGAUGACUUCUAUGCUUAUGAUGAGGAUGGCACGCGCUUCUCGCCGGACAUCACGCCCAUCAUCCUGGCUGCACACUGCCAUAAGUACGAGGUGGUGCACCUGCUGCUACUCAAGGGCGCGCGCAUCGAGCGGCCACACGACUACUUCUGUCGUUGCGCUGACUGUGCCGAGAAACAGAGGCUUGAUGCCUUCAGCCACUCGAGGUCUAGGAUCAACGCUUACAAGGGACUGGCCAGCCCUGCGUACUUGUCACUCUCCAGCGAGGACCCGGUGCUCACCGCCCUGGAACUCAGCAAUGAACUAGCCAAGCUAGCCAACAUAGAGAAGGAGUUCAAGAAUGACUACAGGAAGCUCUCCAUGCAAUGCAAAGACUUUGUAGUGGGCGUGCUGGACCUGUGUCGAGACUCUGAGGAGGUGGAAGCCAUUCUGAAUGGAGAUCUGGAGUCAGCGGAGCCCCUGGAGACACACAGACACAAGGCUUCACUGAGUCGUGUCAAACUUGCCAUUAAGUAUGAAGUAAAAAAGUUUGUGGCUCACCCCAACUGCCAACAGCAGCUUUUGACGAUCUGGUAUGAGAACCUCUCUGGCCUCCGGGAGCAGACCAUCGCUAUCAAGUGCCUGGUCGUGUUGGUCGUGGCCCUGGGCCUUCCAUUCCUUGCUAUGGGCUAUUGGAUUGCACCAUGUAGCAGGCUGGGGAAAAUUCUCCGAAGCCCUUUCAUGAAGUUCGUGGCACAUGCUGCCUCCUUCAUCAUCUUCCUGGGUCUGCUUGUGUUCAAUGCCUCAGACAGGUUCGAAGGUAUCACCACACUGCCAAACAUCACUGUUAUUGACUAUCCCAAGCAGAUCUUCAGAGUGAAGACCACCCAGUUCACAUGGACGGAAAUGCUAAUCAUGGUCUGGGUUCUUGGGAUGAUGUGGUCUGAGUGCAAGGAACUGUGGCUGGAAGGGCCCCGGGAAUACAUCGUGCAGCUGUGGAACGUGCUUGAUUUCGGCAUGCUCUCCAUCUUCAUUGCGGCCUUCACGGCCCGGUUCCUAGCCUUCCUGCAGGCAACCAAAGCACAGCAGUAUGUGGACAGCCACGUGCAAGAGAGCGAUCUGAGCGAAGUCACACUCCCACCUGAGGUUCAGUAUUUCACCUAUGCUAGAGAUAAAUGGCUCCCUUCUGACCCUCAGAUCAUAUCUGAAGGCCUCUAUGCCAUAGCUGUGGUACUAAGCUUCUCCAGGAUUGCAUACAUCCUCCCUGCAAAUGAGAGCUUCGGGCCCUUGCAGAUAUCCCUUGGAAGGACUGUGAAGGACAUAUUCAAGUUCAUGGUUCUGUUCAUUAUGGUGUUUCUGGCUUUCAUGAUUGGCAUGUUCAUCCUUUAUUCUUACUACCUGGGGGCCAAAGUCAAUCCUGCUUUUACCACCGUGGAAGAAAGUUUCAAGACUUUAUUUUGGUCCAUAUUUGGACUGUCUGAAGUGACUUCUGUUGUCCUCAAAUAUGAUCACAAAUUCAUAGAGAAUAUUGGAUAUGUUCUUUAUGGAAUAUACAAUGUAACUAUGGUGGUUGUUUUGCUCAACAUGCUAAUUGCGAUGAUUAAUAGCUCAUACCAAGAAAUUGAGGAUGACAGUGAUGUAGAAUGGAAGUUUGCACGUUCAAAACUUUGGUUAUCCUACUUUGAUGAUGGAAAAACAUUACCUCCGCCCUUCAGUCUGGUCCCCAGUCCAAAAUCGUUUGUUUAUUUCAUCAUGCGGAUCACUAACUUUUCCAAAUGCAGGAGGAGAAGACUUCAGAAGGAUCUGGAGUUGGGAAUGGGUAACUCGAAGUCCAGGUUAAACCUCUUCACUCAGUCUAACUCGAGAGUUUUUGAAUCACACAGUUUUAACAGCAUUCUCAAUCAGCCAACACGCUAUCAGCAGAUAAUGAAGAGACUCAUAAAACGGUACGUUUUGAAAGCACAAGUAGACAAAGAAAAUGAUGAAGUGAAUGAAGGUGAACUGAAAGAAAUCAAGCAAGAUAUCUCCAGCCUUCGUUAUGAACUUUUGGAAGACAAGAGUCAAGCAACGGAAGAAUUAGCCAUCUUGAUUCAUAAACUCAGUGAGAAACUGAACCCCAGUGUGCUGAGAUGUGAAUGAGACAGCAACUCGCAGUCAAGCUCUGACUAUAGCACAAACGUGGGCAAUAAUAUUCCUAAGUAUGAAAUACUUGAAAAACCAUGGUGUAAAGCUCUAGUGUUAACUACGCUUAUCAUACACAGCUUUAAAAUUAAGCUAGGUGGUAAUGAUUCCCAUUACAUGAAAAUGAUUUCAGCAAUUGACCUCAACAUUACAAGCAGUGACAUGCUAUUGUAUUUAGAAACCCAGUAUUAAUGUCACUGACAUGUUUGUCAUUUUUGUCUUAUUACCUGUUGGCCUCUAGGAAGCUGUAAGCUCCUUGGGGGACAGGGACAACAUCAAUCUCAUCUUUAUGUCUCCAACAUUUAGUGCAGUGCCUGGUACAUAGUAGGUGCUUCGUAAAUGUUGAAACCAACUGGCCUGAACAGCCAAUAGCAUCCAUGAACAGAUGAAAGACCAUUGCGAUGUAGCAUACCCUCUCAUCCAAAUGCGGAAGCAAUUUUUUAAAAGUAGAAACUGAGAAAGUUUUACAAGGAGCUAUGACUUGUUGAGAUUUUUCUUAGACUUUUAGGCAUCACUGACAAUCCUAAGACAUUUGAAACUCAAGUGAAGACUUUAACAGUGAAAAGAACUAAUUGGGAAUACAGUUAUACUACGUAUUUAAGUUUCAUAGGAUUGUUCAAAAACAACCAUUAAAGAUUUUUCUAAAAUAGAUGUUUGUGUCCAUUCUCUUUGCAUUUGUGGUUUGAUGAUGUGAACUUAGUCAAUAAAGAGUGUUUUUUUUAAA